UCCGAGGGCCAGGGGGCGUGGCCUUCCCCUGUUCCCGGCAGCUGGCGGCGCUCGUCGCGGACGGGUGUCGGUGGGGGCCGCGGCCAUGUCGGUGCGCGGGAAGCUGAUCGCGGUGCUGGGCGAUGAGGACACGGUGACCGGGUUCCUGCUGGGCGGCAUCGGCGAGCUGGACAAGCACCGCAAGCCCAACUUCCUGGUGGUGGGCAAGGAGACGAGCGUGGCCGAGAUCGAGGAGGCGUUCCGGAGCUUCCUGAACCGGGAGGACAUCGGCAUCAUCCUGAUCAGCCAGUGCGUGGCCGAUCUCAUCCGGCACGCCGUGGAGGAGCACCGCCGGCCGCUGCCCGCCGUGCUCGAGAUCCCCUCCAAGGACCACCCCUACGACCCUAGCAAGGACUCGGUGCUGCGCCGCGCCAGGGGCCUCUUCUCCCCCGAGGACCUGCGCUAGGAGCGGGCACCCCCGGAACAACCCCCUUGGAGCAUUCCUGGAACCCCCUUGGAACCGUCCCGAGAGACCUCAGCCCUGACGGGAAACACAGUUUCCCCCCCACUGAGGUCCUAAACCCCCUGUGGUGUCCUAAACCCGUCCUCCGGGGUCAUCAACACCCUCGGGCGAGCUCAGCCCCCACCCCCAUGGACCUCAAAACCCUCUUUGGACCCCACCAUCCCUCCCUGGGGACCCUAAACGCCCCCCCCGGGGGCCUCAGGCCUCCCCUGCGGUACUGAUGGGAGGGGGGGGUGAGGCUCCCGUGACUCUGGGUCAGCAGCGCUGGAACAGGAAGUGCCGCCGCGGGGCUGCGUGAUCCUGACUGGUCCUGAGCGAUCCUGCCUGGUCCUGGCUCACUCUGCCCGCUCCCUGCCCAUCCCUGCCUCGUCCUUGCCUGCUGCCCGUCCCCUCCUGCCGCUCCGUGCCUGUUCCCUGCCUGCUCCAUGCACACUCCUGCCCCAUCCCUGCCCCCGAGCGGGUCUGGGACUCCCCCGGGACACGCGGCCGUUGGACCGUGCCCCCCCGCGGGUCCCCAACACGAACUGUCACCAUGA